UGGGGUUGGCGGUGCUCCAUUGGUGCACUGCUCAGGUACCCAUUCUUUGUCCCCGAACAAAUUCCGUCGGCCGAUUCUUGCGCGAACAGCAACUUCAAGACCAACAUCCAACGCGGUUGCAAGCCUCCUCUUUGUGCACGAACAGCAGCAGUACAUCUGCAGACGUCGUCAUCUAUCAUCUGUAGCCACGGGCGAACUGCGAUCUUUGCCGCGUAGGCUAUAAUGUGCGGGAUCCACGUCCUCGUUAUACGCGACGGCUUCCAGUCCCUGCCGCAAGACGUCAAGACAUGCCUCUGCAACCGCGGUCCGGAUCAUCUGGGCGAAGCUCGCUGUCAAACGUCAGGCGGUAGCGGUAGCCCUGUCUUCCUGACUCUGACCUCGACGGUUCUGGCUCUGCGCGGUGACCACGUCACCCAGCAGCCCUUUCGCGACGCGUCUUCUGGGUCCGUUCUAUGCUGGAACGGCGAGGCCUGGAAGAUUGCAAGGGAACCCGUCCAAGGGAACGACGGAGAGGCGAUAUUUGCUUUGCUCACCGCGGCCAGUAGCCGCGACGCACCUGAAGAUGCGGUCUUGAAUGUGCUGCGCAGCAUCGAGGGCCCUUUCGCGUUUGUCUACUUCGACGCGACUUCAUCCCGUCUAUUCUAUGGUCGCGACCGCCUUGGUCGACGCUCUUUGCUACUCAAUGGAGAGGGAGGAAUCAGACUGUCCAGCAUUGCUGAGAGCAUAUUACCUUCGUGGGCAGAGGUGGAAGCAGAUGGCAUCUACCUUGUAGACUUGGCAUCUUGGGACGGUGAGUCUCUGGGCUCAAGUUCGCCUCGCUCUUGGACGCCAGGUGAGACCGAGACGGUCCUCAACAUUGGAGUCUUCAACAUGGCACUCCCGCCAUCAGAUGUCCAGUCACUCUCAGCAGUGUCACUAUCAGUACAAGCAGUCAGGCAGCAGAUGACCGAGUCGCUCAAGUUACGUGUCUUGAACGUUCCUGAACCCCCAGCCCACGAUGCUGGCAACGACACGCGGAUAGCUGUCUUGUUCUCCGGCGGGCUGGACUGCACGAUCCUGGCGCGGAUGGCUAGCGACAUGGUCCCAUCUGAUCAAGGCAUCGACCUGAUCAAUGUGGCCUUUGAGAACCCUCGUCUAGCAGCGAAGGCUGACAACUCUCCUGGUGCGCCAAGUCUCUAUGAGGCUUGUCCAGACAGAAUCACGGGAAGGAAGUCCUUUGCUGAGCUGAAUGCAGUUUGUCCUGCUCGUAGCUGGAGGUUCAUUGCCGUGGAUGUCCCAUACCAAGAAGUACUCGCGCAUCGGAGCCAAGUGAUCUCUUUGAUGUAUCCCCACAAUACCGAAAUGGACCUCUCCAUCGCCUACGCCCUCUACUUUGCCGCUCGCGGCAUUGGCAUGGCCCAAAGUAACCCAUCAAGCCCUCCUGUUCAAUACGCUACGCCAGCGCGAGUGCUUCUCUCUGGCCUCGGGGCAGACGAACUCUUUGGCGGCUAUGUACGGCAUACCACCGCCUUCUCGAGGAGAGGUUACCCGGGCCUUCUUGAGGAACUUAAGCUAGACGUCAGCAGGCUUGGGAAGCGGAACCUGGGCCGCGACGACAGAGCCAUGUCCCACUGGAGUCGCGAGGUACGAUUUCCGUUCCUCGACGAGCAGUUUGUCAAGUGGGCCAUCGAAUGCCCAGUCUGGGAGAAGUGCGACUUUGCCUUCCUCGAGGCAGAGUCAGGAGUCGAUCCUGAGAAGAGGGCGUUGAGGCUUCUUGCGAAGGACCUUGGCAUGGGUGCGGUCGCCCAGGAGAAGAAGAGAGCGAUUCAAUUCGGUUCGAGGACAGCAAAGAUGGAGAGCGGAAAGACCAAGGGAACAACACUCAUUGCUCCAUGAGUAGGAACUAGGAGGCGAGUGCUUCCCGAGACUGGCGAUGAUGACGUACAGAUACUUCCGAGCUGGCGGUCCCUUGGACGAAGUCGACAGCAACUGCGCGUUUCUGCUCUGCAGUAACCCUUUGCUUCCGGCAUUCGAUCAAGUAUACAAUCAAUGACCGCUGGCAAUGAUGUCGUAAAGGCAAGUCUGAGCCAGAAUAUAGAUGAGUCGAAAUCACCGUACAAAAUUAGACAAGAAUUUACUUCCGAUACUUCUCGCAAAACAUGGUUCCAUCACUCACGGCACAUUUCAAUUUAGCCACGUUGCUGCUGGCUAUGUCGAC